AUGAAGACACGAGUGCCGCGACUUUUAUUGGAGGAGUCGCUCUUUGACGAUCGUUCUCAUCUCAUCAGCAUUCAUAAUGCCGCUCCCGAGGAAAACAGCCUUCGCGCCAUGCAGCCGACGCACAUGAAUGCGGCCAUGAUGGGCGAAAAGUCCGAACGAACGGAGAAGUUGGCGGAGUUCUUUGCGCUUUCCCGCUCCCAGCAGGCUGCGGAGUUGGCCAACGCUCUCCUCCGCCAGUUUGCUUUCCGCACGUACAAAACAUCGACCCCCGACAUCGUCCCCGCAUUCAACAACGCGUUUCCGCGAACGGCACACUCUCUGACCCGCAAGUCCCUUGUUCUCGCACUGUUGGAUGAAAUGGGCCUCACGGAGGAGCGCGUGGCGUCCGCGGAGGAUGCGGAGACGGAGCAUUUUUCCUCCACAUGCAACCCGUCCCGCCGCAUGACGAGUGUUGAAAACAGCACGGUGUCCGAGUGGGAGCGCGAGGAUACCGUGCUGGAGCGGCUACUACGACACGUCCUGCGGCAGUUCCACGCGCAGCAUCCGUGCUGGUGCCAAUCCGUUAACCCCGACUCCUCCACAACCACGAGCAGCAGCACUGGCAGAAACCGCAACAGCCGGACGGUGUACCUUCGCGAGUGGAGGAAGGACCGGAAGAACUGUGACUUCGUCUCCAAUGGGUUAGACUCCAUGGCCCAUGUGGCAUCGCCGGUGGAGGAGAAAGAGCUAGACGCCAGCGCCCUCCGCAGGUUUUUUAGGGACCAUCCUACAGAGGAUGAACAAGUAUUUGUUGUCGCCAACGAACUCCUUCAGCAGCAUAUACGCACCCCACACCGAGUGCCGAUGGAAACACCCCUUUCAGGAGACGUGGUGAGUGAGAGGGAGUUCAGCAGCAGCAGUGAAUGUGUGACGCAGCCAAAUAUGAGUCGUGUCGACAGCCUGAAUGGUUCCAUCUGCGAAAACCGGAAAGAAGAUGGGGUGAAACUACCACGGGAGCGUCUCGUUCUCAUCGAGUUGCUCAAGAGUGUGCAUGAGGCAUCUAUCUCCUCGCGGGUGCUGCCGGCAAUAUUUGAAAAGACCGUUGCCUGGUCAUCAUCCAAUGCGAUGCGUGAACGUACUCUGGACACGACGGUCAGUAAUCCGACAUCCACGUAUUCCUCGGGCACGUCAUUGGAGGCUUUAUCUCGUCAAAUCGGAAGUAACACCACAUCAGGGGGUGAAAUUCAAGACGCUCAGGAAUUUUGUGGAAGGGAAAAACGACGGCGACUCCCGAGUCUCCUUUCUCUUUACCUGCAGAGCCACCUCCAGGAGAAGUCACCGUCGAUGGAAAAUGUGAACAAGCGGAUGCUAAGAAUGAGGCGGGAUAGCCCAAAGUUAACCAGUGCAUCGGUGAGUUUUCGUGAGAGUCCAAGCGCCUGUGUCUUCUCACCUGUUAUGAGCUCGGAUGCACACUGCAACAUAGGUUCUGUGACGCAUUACAAAUUCUCCUCGCCAUCUAAUAUUGUCUCUGUACGAUCAAUGGAGGGCAUGACACGGAUUGGACGUGGGUCGAGUGGAGAGUUGUUUGCCAUGCGACGCGUGGACACAGGGGAGCUUGUGGCGGUGAAGCGUAUUUACAUUACGGAUCUCUCAAGAGAGUUUGUGGAGAAUGAGCUUUCCGUGCUGAGGCGCAGUAUUGGACUCAGCGAUGAUGCUGGAGGCGGCGUAAACGGCAACAAGUCAGACGGGGCGGAAUCUGUAAAACCGCCCACUUCGCGGGAAACAUGCGACACCGAUAAGGAUGAUGACGGCAACAGUGAAGCAAAUGAUUGCCGUGCUGUCAUACGUUGCUACGAUGCUUUUUUUGAUGGUGGUUCUGCAUUUAUUGUAAUGGAGCUUAUGGACAGUGGAAGCCUUAUGGAUGCGCUAAAUGCGCGAUUUGGUCGUCCCUUCAGUGAGGAGGAAUGUCGUGCGAUUGCAUUUCAAGUGUUGCAUGGCCUACGAUACCUGCACGAAACCAUACGCCAACUCCAUCGCGAUUUGAAGCCACACAACGUUCUUCUUGACAAGCAAAAAGGUGCGGUGAAGCUUACAGACUUUGGCCUUUGCUCUGAACAGCUGCAAAGCAUGGGGUUUAAUCAAUGCGGCACGUACGUUGGCACCUUGGCAUACAUGUCCCCCAAUCGAGUGGAUCCGGCUUCUGUCUAUGGUAAGGAGAGUGACUUCUGGAGCCUCGGCAUCACGUUGAUUCAGUUGGCACUAGGGAAAUUGCCAUUUUUUCCAAACGUCUUUGUCAUUGCCGGCUUUGCUACGCAUCCACCACGUCUCACUACCGCAUUCAUGAGUGGCGAGGGAAAGGACGGUACCCGUGGCGAGAAGGAUGAGGAUUCCAUUUCCUCUUUGACCCCAUUUUCCGAGGCGUUUGAGGACUUUAUUGCCGUCCUGUUGCCCACUUCCCGUGAGAGAAAUCAUGUCAUUCCCCUGGUGCCUGCAGAGGAGGAGAAUAAUGAUUCAACACAGUCAUGCGCAUACGCUUUUUCUGAGCACUGCGGCGAUGCCUCGUCAUACUCCCCUGCUGAUGUCGAGUACGGUGCGGAUGAGGGGGAUGAGACGACGGAGAAUUUUGGAGGCGGCGUUGGUCACUGCUCCAUUGCGCCGUUUACAAGAUGGAUUUUGAGUCGGAGCUCAACGCCGGAUUCUCACACGGACGCCAUGCAGGAAUUGCCCCCACCAGCGUUGCCAGAGCCACGGGGAAUGCCGCAGGUGAAGGGCAGCGGGAACGACAACGCGAACGCCAUCCGACAGGAUGAUGCGGCGACAGAGGAGGGGCAUUUGACGGGGGAGUUGACAUCCACCGCGCUGCUGCAGCAUCCGUGGCUGCGGGGAAUGACGUGGGAGAAGAGCAGGGCGAUCAUCGCUGCGGUGUCGCUGGAGCCGUAA